AUGUAUACAAUGCAGAGUUGGACUUGUAUUUUUCUUAUUAUUUGCAGUAUGCAGAGCGUGUGUCAUUGCUGUGACUGGAUCCGACACCACUACGGUCACUUGAGCGCAGAAUACCUUUCCCUGCUGGAUCAGAUGGUGAGAGAUAUCACAAAGCAGAAUGCCCCAGUCUUUUCCCCAACGUCACUUUACAGACCCAUAGAUGAUGCCGAGUUUGAUGACAAGAUCAGAUGGAUUAACAGGAACAUAGUAAGUCUAAUUAAACAGUAUAGGGGCGGCAGGAAUAUGAAGGCUGUCAGCUGGGACAAGAAAAAUCUGGACGAUUUCCUGAACAUUCUAGAACGCCAAUUUGAGAACCUUAAUUUCUGUGUAUCACCUGCCAAGAAACCUGAGAGGAGACUGAAACACUACUUCAAGAAGUUGAAUCGGAAGGUUCUGAGAAAAAUAAACUACAGUCCACAGUCUUGGGAGCUCAUUAGGAAAGAGACGAAACGUCAUCUGCAACGAUUGGUAUGCCCUUACCAGUUUAUAUACAAUCAUGUGGGACCCUGUUAG